CGACUUUACGUUAGUGUGUGGUGAAUAGAAUACAACUAGUAUCCUGGUGAGAGUAAGAUGGCGGGGCCGGAGCGGAUAGAACUGUUUAUCGAUGAAAACUCGGUAGAAAGCGGCGCGCUGAAGGCGAUGCAGACGGUCAGACCGAGCUGGAAGCCUGAUGAGAUCAAGUUCAAGGUGUUCACUGAUGGCAUCACCAACAAGCUGGUGGGAUGUUACCUAGAGGAGAAUAAGAAGGACAUGGUGUUGGUCAGGGUGUACGGCAACAAGACAGAACUGCUGGUGGACAGGGUGGCAGAAAUAGAGAACAUGCAGAUUCUCCAUGUCAAUGGCUGUGCUCCUGAGCUGUAUGGUGUGUUCACCAAUGGUCUGUGUUAUGGCUAUGUGCAUGGGGUUGUGCUGGACACACAGCUUAUCAGGGACCCUAAAGUCUCCAGGUUGAAUGGACGAGAGAUGGCCAGAAUGCACCACAUCCAGCCAGCCAAUGGGAAGAUCCCUGAGCCAAGCCUCUUUGUCAAAAUGUCCAAAUACUUCACUCUUAUUCCAGACAGUUUCACUGAUGCUGAGAAAAACCAAAGGUACCAGAAGGAGGUCCCCAGCACCACCCAACUACAGCAGGAGUUGGAGAGUCUCAAGGGGGCGCUGCUACCACUCAACUCACCAGUCGUCUUCUGUCACAAUGAUUUGCUCUGUAAAAACAUUGUGUACACAGAGGCUGAAGACAAGGUGACCUUCAUAGACUAUGAGUAUGCCAGCUACAACUUCCAGGCCUAUGACAUUGCCAACCACUUUGAUGAAUUUGCAGGUGUAGAUGAGGUUGACUACAGCCUGUACCCAGACAGGGAGUUCCAGCUCGCCUGGCUCAGGAGUUACCUGCAGUACUUCCACGCGGAUCGGCCUCAGCCUGUCACAGACAGGGAGGUGGAGAUAUUGUACAUCCAGGUCAACAAGUUUGCCUUGGCUUCUCAUUUCUUCUGGGGAUUGUGGGCACUCAUCCAAGCCAGGUUCUCUGCCAUUGACUUUGACUUCCUGGACUACGGCAUCCUACGGUUCAAUGAGUACCUCAAGAGGAAGGACGAGUUCUUGGGACUACAACUUCCAGAAUGAAGGUCAACAACUGGAUCUAAAUGUUCCAGCCAUGCUGUACAUAUGCCUUUUCUUUUGUGCAAUGUAUUACUAAGUUAUAUCUGGCUACCUGACAAUUUGUUGUGCACUUUAAUUUCACUCACUAUCUUCAAAGAUCAUUAAUUGACAGAGACUGAUGGACAAUAAAAUGUAAAGGCUGUUUUAUCAACAGCUUAAGUUGACAUUUCACUGAGCAGGUAAGGACAUUGUGUAUUUCAGCAGGUAGCAACUAUCUUUUCCCCACAUUGAAUCUGUUUGUAGAUUGGGUUACUUAUUUGAAUUCUGAAGAAAAUGGCAAUAGACCAGUCAAACAUCCAUUGUGUUGAAACACAAUUUUAGCUCUGUACAAUGUUAACAACCAACACAGAUGAACUUUGCCAGUAUAACUAAUAAAAGUUGUUAACAUAGUUUACAAUACUGUAGCAGUUGAGAGAUAGGGAGUUCAGCAUAGUGGGAUUGUCAAGCUAACGCAGACCAGACUUCAGCCUCGCCUGCUCUGUCACAGUAUGGACUAAUCACAGUGUGCUGGCACUAUUUCUAGCACCAAAGAUCUUGGUUAUGCUACCUUAAGGCAGGUGUUCACUGUUUAAGUGCUUUCUCAUGUUGACAUUGCGUGACGAUGGAUGUAAUUUUACCUUGUUGUUUGUAAGAAGGUUAUGUUUUAGGUAGCGUUUGUGUGUAUGUAUGUGUAAUUGCGUGUAGGAGACCAGCAUAACUCAAGAAUGCCUGGAUUGAUAUUUGGUAUGAAGGUACUUGAUGAGACCUGGAAAUGACGGGAAUUGGGGGGCCCUAGCAGCUUGUUACGGUACUGUGGUGGAACUUCUUAUAUCUGGAGUUCUGGACAUGCUAUGAUUGUGACUUUUGAGUGGUGGAUAGCUCUUGGUGUAGAGAGUAAGUGGUGUAGGUUUGGGCCCCCUUUUGGCUAUCUUUUUAAUUGCAGGGGCUGAUUUUGUUUCACAUUUUACAGGAGAAUAAGGCCACACCAAUUUAAUUUCUUGGUUCACGGAUUUUUUUCAUAAAAAAUAUGGAGCGAGAGGGCCAAAUAAAAAUAAAAA